GCCGAGUUUGUGUUAGGCUCAAACAUUCACACGGCACGUCUUUCAAGAGUAGAAGCUGUUUCUAGUGUGUCAAAGAGCUGAGAUUUUGGUGUUUACGCUAUUUGAAUAAGCUGUGAAAGUUUUCCUUCAUAGUGAAUGAUGAAUUUAUGCGGGGAAUAUCCGCGCACAAGACAGGUAUUUCGAAGCUAUAGUACAAGUAAUCUUGACAUGAAAGACUAUCGAAGACCUGUACCGAUGCGGGUUUCGACUACAGAUCUUUUUGAGCAAGAAAAAGCAUGUUUAAAGAGCGAGACAGACGUGAACUCUAUUCAUAGUGUAAGGAAGCAGGAAUCCUCACAUCCAUCUAUUGAAAGAACGACCUCUGCGUUUCAACUCCAAGGAAUAUGUCAGACUAUAGAAGAACAUGAAAGUAAGCCUGAACAAACACUCAAGCACGCAAAGUCAUUCAGUACAUCAAAAUUAACAACACAGCAACAAGAACAGAAAAAAUACUCCUUCAAAAAGUUAUGUGACAGAAAGAUACCGUGCUUUAUGCCUACCCACGAGCGCUCUGAACACGAAAGCGCUUCACAAGCUAGCCGCACAAAAAAAAGCGAACAGAAAAAGAUUAAGUCUAAACCCUUGUUAUUAAGAAGUUUAAGCUCCUCGUGUUUGUCUGUAGCUGCUAAAUCGCGCCCUAAGGUGAUUAACCGAUUAUCAUGUCCGGAUAAUCUUAUUCCCUCGGACCAAAAUACACUAAGUUCUCAAGCUGAUCAAGAUCACCGGGACAAAAGGUAUGGGACAAAACCCGUGGACAAAACGCCGACCGGGGCAAGCGUUACCGCUAGACUAAAAAAUAGCUUUAAAUUCAGGCACAGCAGUGAGAUAACAAAAAGAGAUUCACGAAUUUUGGUGACCAGAUUUGAGCUUGAACUAGCAAUCACAAAAGACAUUCGACAUAAACUUGUGAGUUUUAUAAACUCUAAAAGCAUAAACUUAAACGCGAGAGAUUAUUACGGAAAAACCUUGCUUCAUACGGCUUGCAGUGUCGGAAACUACCAAUGCGCACAGAUUUUGAUAAAUGCGGGUGCAAAAGUCGGCAUUCAAGACCAGGCCGGAUUCACCCCAUUGCAUUGCGCGGUGGUGGCGAAUCACGUGCCAUGUGCCGCUGUCAUGAUCGCCGCAGGCGCAGAUGUGAUGACCAGUACGAGGACAAUGCAUACGGCUCUGACACUUGCCCAUGAGGGGGAAAUGAUUUUACUUGUUGGACGAUCUUUGCUACUUCGAGGCACGCAAAAAAAGACGGUGAAAUAUGACAAUAAAAGUUUCUCUUUAAGAGAGACAAAACUAUAAGUUCUCAUAAUACUAGUGUAUUCUAAUAAAAGUAUUAUAAAUAAACUUGUUUAAUUAUAACUCAAUUUGGAAUUUUCCAGUGAAUAACAACAUUAAAUUUGAAUAGCAAGCAAAUAUAAAUUUGACCAGUAUACUUUAUACGGCCACUGUAACAAAGUAUAAACUGAACACUGUUUGGUAUAAUGCAUUUUUAUGUAUCUGUAUUUCAUAAACUGUUGUAUUUCAUAAAUAUAUAGAAAAAUGCUCUUGUAAG